AUGAAUCUUAAAGAGUGGCUAUUGUUCUCGAUAGCAGUAUUCUUUGCUCAAGGCACUCUUGCCUGGUCUCCUUCCAAUAGUUAUACUCCCGCAAACGUUAGUUGCGACGAGGAUAUCAAUUUGAUUAGACAGGCUUCAGGACCUUCUGAUGAUGAAACUGAAUGGUUAAAGAAAAGAGACGUAUACACUAGAGAAGCACUUAGAUCAUUCUUAGAUCGUGCUACUAGUAAUUUUUCAGAUAGUUCAUUAGUCUCUCAAUUGUUCUCCAAUGCUUCAGAUAUUCCUAGAAUUGCUGUUGCGUGUUCCGGUGGUGGGUACCGUGCUAUGUUAAGUGGUGCAGGUAUGCUGGCCGCGAUGGAUAAUAGAACGGAUGGUGCCAAUGAACAUGGUCUGGGUGGUCUUUUGCAAAGUACUACAUAUUUGGCAGGGUUAAGUGGUGGUAAUUGGUUAGUUGGAACUUUGGCAUGGAAUAAUUGGACCUCUGUGCAGGAUAUUGUCAAUAAUAUGACCGCGGAUGACUCUAUUUGGGAUAUUUCCAAUUCGAUUAUUAAUCCUGGUGGGUUCAUGAUCGUUACUACGAUCAAGAGAUGGGAUCACAUCUCUGAUGCAGUCGAGGGUAAACAGGAUGCAGGGUUCAAUGUCAGUUUGACCGAUAUUUGGGGUCGUGCGCUUUCUUAUAACUUCUUCCCAAGUUUGUACAGUGGUGAUGUCGCCUAUACAUGGUCUACUUUGAGGGAUGUCGAGGUGUUCCAAAACGGUGAAAUGCCAUUCCCAAUCUCGGUUGCUGACGGUAGAUACCCUGGUACCCAAAUUAUCGAUUUGAACGCUACUGUCUUCGAAUUCAACCCAUUUGAGAUGGGUUCUUGGGAUCCUACUUUGAACGCUUUCACCGAUGUCAAGUAUCUCGGAACAAAGGUCUCCAACGGUGAACCUGUUAACAAGGGCCAAUGCGUUGCUGGUUACGAUAAUACGGGAUUCAUCAUGGGUACUUCAUCUUCUUUAUUCAAUCAAUUUUUGUUACAGAUCAAUUCGACCUCAUUACCAAGUUUCAUCAAAAACUUGGUCACUGGUUUCCUGGAUGACCUGUCCGAGGAUGAAGACGAUAUCGCCAUCUAUGCACCAAAUCCUUUCAAGGACACAUCGUACAUUCACGACAAUUUCUCAAAAUCGAUCUCUGAAUCGGACUAUCUGUAUUUGGUCGAUGGUGGUGAGGAUAAUCAAAAUAUUCCAUUGGUGCCUUUAGUCCAGGAUGAACGUAAUAUCGAUGUUAUCUUUGCCCUCGAUAAUUCUGCAGACACUGACUACUAUUGGCCCGAUGGUGCGUCUUUGGUCUCUACUUAUGAGCGUCAGUUCAGUUCUCAAGGUAUGAACAUGUCAUUCCCAUAUGUCCCUGACAAAAGAACUUUUGUUAACUUAGGUUUGGCUGACAAGCCAAGUUUCUUCGGUUGUGAUGCCCAAAAUUUAACUGACCUGAACUACAUUCCACCUUUGGUGGUCUAUAUCCCUAACGCAAGGCAUUCCUACAACAGUAACACCAGUACUUUCAAGCUUUCUUACACUGAUGACGAACGUUUGAAGAUGAUCAAGAAUGGGUUCGAGGCUGCCACAAGAGGCAACUUGACUGACGAUUCCUCGUUUAUGGGUUGUGUCGCCUGUGCAGUGAUGAGACGUAAGCAGCAGAGUUUGAAUGCCACUUUGCCAGAAGAAUGUAAUACUUGUUUCACCAAUUACUGCUGGAAUGGUACCAUUGAUGACACUCCAGUCUCUGGGCUAGAUAAUAGUGAUUUUGACCCUACAGCAGCAUCUUCUGCCUACAGCGCUUACAACACAGAAAGCUACAGUUCUUCAUCGGCUACGGGAUCUAAGAAAAACGGUGCCGGCCUUCCUGCCAGUCCAACGUCCUUCACCUCUGUACUCACUCUGCUCACAGCCAUCGCAGGCUUCCUAUGA